UAAUCAACAUUUUUACACGUUUCCAGACUAGCAAAAUCGAAACGGUUUCAGUUGCCGAAAAUGCACUUAUGCGUGCUGACUGGCUCUUGUCAAACCAUGACCCUAUUUGCUCGUGCAUAUCAUUCUUUCCUUAAAAAUGUAAAGUAGAGACUGAUCUAGUGUAGAAUAUGCAGUCAUUGUGCAGGUAAUGGAAAACGGACUAGAGAAGACAUAGCAUACAAUGUAGGUCUAUUGCAGCAAGUCUGGUGUGGAUAACGGAAAUAACAGUUUUGACGUACUACUCAACAAACGUGAAAUCGACUUGUAACUACUUAUCGUAUAGCGAAAUGAGACAGGUGAAUGACAAGCCCUUCUAACAUGUCUUCAUGCUGCUGCUGUGCGGAAAGUAGCCCGUCUGGGGACAGAGCAGAGCAGUACAAACUUGGGCCCCCAAAUGGACAAUCAACGAAACAGAGUCGCAGGAACUUUGGCCAGUCGUCUUCCCAGGAACCCGGGGAAGUUGCCAUGGAAACCGUCCACAGUUACACACCACAACCCGAACCGAGCGCCGAUUUUCAGACGAGCAAAAUCCUGUAUCGGAAAGAGUUAAAGAGCGGAUUACGAACGGGGAAAAGAUGGCUGAAAACUAGGUACGCCUUGAUUCCCAGCAACGCCUGCCCCACGGAUGUGGUGAAUUUCUUGUUGGAAAAAUGGCGCCUUCCCAAACCCAAUCUUGUUAUCUCAAUCGUCGGGGGUACGAGCAAGUUUCACAUGAACAUCCAGCGUCGAGAGGUAUUCCGAGUUGGGAUCGCCAAAGCUGCUGCUACCACGGGUGCAUGGAUAAUCUCCAGUGGACUCAACUGCGGUAUAGUUAAGACGGUGGGCGAGGCCGUAAAAGACCACGCCGUUGCUGCCGGGGCUGGGCGAGGUCGUAAGAAGGUCGCCGCAAUCGCACUGACAUCGCUCAGUGAGAUCGAUGGCGCACAGUCUCUCAUCGAUGGAGCACUACACGAUAGACCCGUGGUAUACGGUCAGGGUUCUGAACGCAUGGCACAGCAAGCCAUGCUCGACCCCAACCACACAUACGCCCUCCUCAUCACUGAUCCAAAGACAGAUACAACCACGUCAUCGUCGUCGUCGUCGUCAUCGUCGUCGAGUCAUAACGGACCAGACGUCGACCCGAUGAGCGAACGCGAUCAGCAGGGCUCGGAGAUUAGGAUACGGAGCCAGAUCGAACAUGAGAUCUCAACACGAAAUAUCACCCACAGCAGCACCAACGUACCAGUCAUCUGUUUUCUGGUGAACGGUGGACCUCAUCACAUCCGUGCAAUCCACAAUGCCAUCGAGAACAGGACCCCGGUCCUAGUCUUGGCGGGAUCCAAAGGCUGUGCUAAUGUCAUUGCUAAAGCUCUCAGGCAAACUGAUGAGGCGUCGAGCUCUCUACACAACAUCAUGCGCCAAGAGUUCGGCGACACCAUACCACCCGGCGAGACGGUCGAACUCCUUAGGAAACUCAACGAGAUCGUCAAGAGAAAGCAUCUUCUUACUAUCUUCGAGCUCGACGGUGUCGAAGGAGUACCAAGGAUUGACAUCGACGAAGCUUUCCUCAAGGCUCUCCUCAAAGGUUCACAGGGAUCAGGAAAGAAAGACCAGCUUCACAUGGCAGUAGUCUGGAGGCGAGUAACAUUGGCACAGGGUCAGCUUCUAAAGCAGUACAAAUGGAAGUCCUCCGAACUGUUUGAAGCACUUCGCAUGGCGCUGGUGAACGAUCAGACGGAUUUUAUCCGUCUCUUUCUCGACAUCAACGUCAAGCUCGAAGACUACCUCCAUGCCGGUGAACUCCGACGACUUUAUAACGAGGUUUCUGAGGAUACAUUGCUGUACAAAUUACUCUUAAAACAGAGAGGACAGAAUAAGGUGCCGGUCGAUCUUCCAGAUGUUGGUACCGUGAUCAAAAGUCUCACAACACAUUCCUACGAACCGCUCUAUUUAUCAGAUUCUCAACCCAUCUUGAACCCUUGCCGCGAGCUGUUCUUGUGGGCAGUGCUGCAGGAUCGGCAGGAGACUGCCCGGUUGUUCUGGGAUGAGGGCAAGGCAUGGAUCGGGGGAGCUCUGGUGGCUAGUAAGAUCAUGAGAGCCAUGCAGAAGCUGGAGACAGAGCCACAGAGGCUGGCCAAUCUCGAGGAACACCAGAGGGAAUACGAGAAGCUGGCUGUUGGUGUCUUAGACCACUGCUACAGAGAGGACCGUCGAAGGACUUCGCUGCUCCUCAUACGUGAGAUGCCGGAGUGGGGUAACGUGUCGUGCUUAUGUCUUGGGGCAGCAGCACAUGAUAAGCAGUUCAUUGCCCAUCCUGCCGUUCAGAAUGUUUUGAAUGAUCUCUGGUCUGGAAGAAUAUCGAGACAAAACAGUCAUUGGCAGUCCUUUUUUGCAACAUUCUUUCCGCUCUACGCUCUCUGGGGUAUCAAGUUUGUAGACGAAGAAAAAGACAGGGUCUACAGUGUGACCUUACAGACUCGAGCAUCGAAGACACGGGCCUGUGGUCGAUUUGAGCUCGACUCAGAAGAUGAGGAAGAUGGACAGUUUGAUCGGAGACGAGAUUCGAUCCUCAGUGAUACCGGCAGCAUUGCAUUCAACUCCUCAUCUUUCCGUGCCCAUGCCCCAGCACGAAAUUUCACUCUCCUACCAUUUGAUGAGAUGUUCAAACACAAGACGGUGAAUCUCGAGUCUAUCAUGAACCAUGAGGAGAAGACCAGGGUACCUUGGACCAAACGGUUACCUCUCUUCUUCAGUGCUCCGGCCAUCAAUUUCAGAUACUACGUGAUGUCACACAUCGUAUUCCUUGCUCUGUUCAGCUAUGUCCUGCUAGUUGAAUUCAAAUCUGAAGUGACCAUCACCGAGUAUGUACUCAUUGGCUGGGUCGGGACACUGGCCAUCGAGACCAUCAGACAGAUGAUCUCCAUCGGAGGCUUCUUCGACUGCCGUAAGUUCAUCCAAUCCUGGCUUCUUAACUACUACUACCUAGUAGAUGCUGUGUGCGUGAUCAUGUUCACUGCCGGGGCCGUGCUCCGACACUACCCCGGCAUGCUUGAUGCCGCUCGGAUUGUCCUUUCUCUGACCCUGGUGACCUUCUACAUACGGCUUCUCCAUAUCUUCUCAGUCAACAAGCAUCUCGGACCCAAACUCAUCAUGAUCAUAAAGAUGAUGAACGAUCUGGUAGUCUUCAUGUGUAUCUUAAUGGUGUUUCUCCUGGCCUAUGGUAUAGCAUGCCAGGCGGUCCUCUUCCCCCACGUCGCUGAUACAAGACAGAUGUUGAAGGGUAUCUUCUAUCGCUCCUACUUCCAGAUCUACGGGGAACUAUUCCUGGAGGAACUGGAAGGACGGAAUGGUUGUUCGAACGAGGACCCAACAAUGGAACCAUGUCCUGCUAAUACGUGGUUCGGAACGACUAUCCUAGCAGUCUAUCUCUUCAUCAGCAACGUCCUCCUCCUCAAUCUCCUCAUCGCAAUGUUGAACUAUACGUUUGCCUCGGUGCAAGAAAACACAGACGUAGUAUGGAAGUUUCAACGUUACUCCCUCAUCAAGGAUUACUACAACCGUCCCAUCUUAGCACCACCUUUCAUCAUCAUCAGUCAUUUCUUCAUCUUGUAUAGCUUCAUUCUGCGCUGCUGGUGCGGAUGCUGCGACAGGUUCGCGCUCUCACGGAGUCUCAGACGAUUGCUACCUGGAGACUUGAUCGCUGAAAUCACAACGUGGGAAAAGAUACAAGGUGAAGAUUACGUCACAAAGAGGAACAAGACAAAGAAUCUUGACCUGACAGAUCGAAUGAGUGCAACAGAAAUGAAGCUAGAAAACCUCUCUCGGAAGUCAACAGCAUUUUUCAACAAUCCCGAAAUUGGUACUCAGAUGAAAGAACGGCUAGACAAUUUAGAAUAUCAGAUGAGGGACAUGAAAGAGCUACUUCAUCAAACGUUGAAGGCAGUAUCAGGGUCGGGGCCAGCACGAGAAGCUAUACACAAGAGUCCAUCCAAGUCCUUGCAUGCCGUAACUUCCUUACAAAAGGUUGAGCUAAAGCAAACUAAAGAGGAUAUUUCAAAUGAAGAGGAGGAAAGGGCUCGUAUAGAGGAAGGAAAACAGGAAGAGGAGGAUGAAGGGCUACUAGAGGAGGAGCAGGAGGGAGAUGAAUCCAUACUGGAGAUUGAUCUGGAUUCGAUCCAAGACCGGGAGUUAUGAUACUAUCACAGUGUGGAGCUCAGAAUGAACGUUCAUUUUGGGAGGCUCCCACGGGCAACAAAGUAUGCAAUAAGAAAACGUAAGCAAUUACAAUGCGCUGCCAAAUCUUUGUGCAGAAUAUAUGUGUCUGUGAAAUGUUGUUGGUCAUGGGACAAGCUCUUGAUCAAGCCAACAAUGAACAUAAGAUAUUUGUGUUGACUCCCCUCAGGAGUUUUACCCACUACGAGUUUUUGUCUCACACAUAACAUUUCAAUUAUGCUGCAUUUCUUUUUUUUUCAUUUGCAACUGUGCAUCUCUAUAUAAUACAUGUUUUAAUUUAAUCUUGAUCUGUCAACGUCAAACUAAUUGCUAAUCAACCAAUCAGUUUAUCAGUCCAUUGAUAAAUUGAGUAGAAAAUAACUUGAUCAAAAUUUAGUCAGAUGUCAUGCAUGAACAAUAUAUGAAAUACACACAAUGUAUUAGCACAUGAGCUACAUAUAAAUGUAUAUAGAUAGUUACUAAAAAAACUGCUGAAUAACAUUGCAAAUUAUACUAAACUCCUCUGUCAGUUAGAUCAAGUUAAAAUUUGAUUAAGAGAUUACAUUUUGACAUUCAAUGAAUGUAAAGUGGUUCAAUGAUUUCGUGAGAUUUCUCUUCUACAGUCUUAAAAAUAAUUAUCUAAGUAUAUUAAAUAAGUAUCUUUAUCAUGUGACAAAUGGCUGCCCUUGGAAACACAAUGAUGCUCCUUAUCUCAAGAACAACAUGAUGACAUCUAAUUUAGCCUCUUGUAAGAGUUAGUAAUCUGAUACAAAAUGUAACCACUGAAGAAAAAUUCAUCGUUGUUAAAUACAACGUGCCCUUUGAUAUGAACUGUUUAAAGUUUGAAUAAUGUAACAUGUUGGGAAAGUGUUGAAUGCAUGGUGCAAUAACCGAAUGGUGCUCUGCAUUGUACUUAUUCAUUGGGUUUUUGUUUCUCGUUGUGCCACUUUUUUUUUUUUCAACAUGAAACAUAAUUUAAGCCCAAACGAGAGGUGUGACUUGUUCAGAUAUUAAGAAAAACAAAUACAAGAGAUAUAAUUUAAUUUAACAGCAUAUACCGUAUGUGGUUUAGCAUUCAAACUUACAGAACUUUUUGUCUAAAGUGUAAACAUUGUUUUAUUUUAUUAUUACCCCGAGCUUUCCCUAUAUUCUGAUUGUUUAUUUUUCAAAGGUAGGAUCUACAGUAUGAUCACUUAGCCUUAUGAAAUGCUGAAUAUUUAUGCCGAUACAUAUAUACCUCUCUAUAUAGCAGAUAAGUUUUCCUUCCAUGUAAACAUAAAAGAGUGUUAUAGGAUUGCUGCUUUAAGACAUACAGUAUAAUGCACAUACAUAAAUUCAUUAGAGAGUUUUUAAAGAAAGUACACAUUAGAUCAAGUAGUUAUAUUUUCAUAAAUUUUAUUUCCAUGUCUUUCAUUACAUGAAUGACAAAAUAAAACCACUUCUCUUCAAGUUGGCAUAUGUGACAUUAUACAAACAUGUACAUGAACAGAAAUAUACAUUUUGAGGAAGACUGUUGCCGGUUCUCACCACACAGCUGUUAUUGAAAAAUACUGCCAUAUGUAAACAUCUCUCAGAUAGAAUCACACAUACAAUGUAUCACACUCUAAUAUUGAUGCAACUCGUGUGCAAAAUUUAUCGAAACAUGCUCCGACGACAAUUGCUCCUUAAUUGGUCAAUUUACCAACACCAACCCAGAACCAAACAUAUAUCUAACCCUAAACCUAUAUAAAACCCAACAGCACCACUAACCAUAAGCAUUCAUCUCUGACCAAAUAUAGCCUGGAGAAAUUGUUGCUAGAACAUAAGUCAGAUCAAGGUUUGCACAUGUGUCCAGAUAGGCACUUGUCAUAAAUAAACGAAAAUGUCAAGUUUCAGAUGCCAGAGAACUUAUAACUUGGAAUGAAAAGGAUUGUGUUGAAAUUGAAUAGCGAGAUGUAAAAUUUCUCAUAGUUGCAGGUCUUUAUGUUUGCCAAAAUUGACUAGUAUAAUUUGAUUGUCUUGCUGAAAUGUUGAAGUCUCUGAUUUGUAUAUGUUUCAUCUCUUACUUGUUACUAAUAGUGAUUCAAUGUUGUAAGCAACUCUCGGCAAACUUCAUAAUUGUAUCUAAUACAUUGUGUAAAUAAUUAUUUGUAAAACAUUUUGAAUGUAACAUUGCAAUUCAUUUAUAUUUCAUAAUAAAACACUAUUUCAGAGCACAAGAAUCUACUAAUCCUCUUUAUUCUUGUCACAUCUCUGAUAUAUCUUUUACACUGAAUGCUAUAAAGUUAACGAAUGAGAUAUAUUUUUUUAGAGGUGUUGAAGUAGUGUUGUAGAGUGGUUUAAGCACUUGACUUGAAAUACAAUGGUUGUAAGUUUGAUCCCCAACAGGCAACAGGCAAGACAUUCAUCUACAUUUGCCACUCCAUACCAAGGAGAGAAAUGGAAAACCUAGUAAGAAGAUGAAAGCCUUUGUCUUAGUAAUAACCAUAUGCCCUCACAGUGACCAUAUGGCAGAAAUACUCCACAAAGACUGGAGAUGGUGCACAUUGUGCGUGAAUGAAACCGUUAACCGGGGUUAUCAUAUCUGUAAACCGCUUACAGAUGGUAUUUCGUAUUAAGUGCUAUACAAGUCCAGAUUAUUACAAUUUGUUUAACGAACCAAUCUAUUCCAAUGUUUGAAAGAACACAGAAGAACAAAGAUGAUUUAGUAAACUUCAACGACCAGCCAUGGUCAUUUCACUAAUCAUAACUAUAAUGUCAUGUACAGCCUUUUAGGCAUAAUUUCAUGCACUACACAUACACAGAUGUACACAUUAACAAUUAACAGUUAACAAUUAAAUUAUUCAUACCCUUACCAAGUUUUGUACAUUUUU